UGGAAGUAGCCGAUUACGUGCGUCUAGCUUGACGAUGAAAGCCACAGAGGGAGGAAGAUGCCAGUCUAUUUAAAGGGUCACCCGGCACUAACCACGAAGGAAUAAAUAAUAAUAACAACAACGGGAGCAGCAGUAGAAGCAAAUUAGCCUCCACGGAUAAUGAAUCACCAUUUCGGUGAACGCUAGUCGAGCCCCGCGAACAGAAUCGGCUCCGUUUUUUCCUCCCUCUGCUCUUUUUUCAUCACCAUUAAGGCUUCGGGACCAACGGGGGGAAAAUGGGCAAAGAUUACUAUAAAACGCUGGGCAUCAGUAAAGGAGCCACCGAGGAGGAUAUUAAGAAAGCGUACAAAAAGCAGGCAUUGAAAUGGCAUCCGGAUAAAAACAAGUCCGCGGCAGCCGAGGAGAAAUUCAAGGAGAUCGCGGAGGCUUACGAGGUCCUCAGCGACCCCAAAAAAAGGGACAUUUAUGACCAACAUGGAGAAGAAGGUCUCAAGGGAGGAAGUGGCCCACCUGGCGACGGCCAAGCCAACAACUUCACAUACACCUUCCACGGAGACCCCCACGCCACCUUUGCCACCUUCUUCGGCGGCGCCAACCCCUUCGAGAUGUUCUUCGGGCGCAAGGCGGGAAACGGGCGUGAUGAUGAAGACAUGGAAGUGGACGGAAACGACCCCUUCGGCUCUUUCACUAGCUUCAACCUGAACGGAUUCCCCCGGGACGCACACUGCGGACCGGGAGGGCAGCAGCAACAGCAGCAGCGCCGCAAGCAGGACCCGGCCAUCGUCCACGAGCUUAGGGUCUCCCUGGAGGAGGUCUUUCACGGCUGCACCAAGCGGAUGAAGAUCUCCCGCAAACGUAUGAAUCCCGACGGCAGGACCAUGCGCACGGAGGACAAGAUCCUCGCUAUUGAGAUCAAGCGAGGCUGGAAGGAGGGCACCAAGAUUACCUUCCCUCGCGAGGGUGACGAGUCGCCUAAUACCAUCCCGGCGGACAUUGUGUUUGUCAUCAAGGACAAGCCGCAUCCGCACUUCAGACGGGAGGGUUCCAACAUUGUUUAUCCAGUCCGGGUCAGCUUACGGCAGUCAUUGUGCGGAUGCUCGGUGACCGUGUCAACCAUUGACGGCAACACGUGCAACAUGAAGAUCACCGAUGUGGUGAAGCCAGGCAUGAGGAAGACUGUGGCGGGCCAGGGCCUGCCCUUCCCCAAAAACCCCGAGCAGAGAGGAGACCUCGUGGUGGAAUUUGAUGUGAACUUUCCGGAAACGUUGCCCGGCAACGCCAAGGAUGUCCUGAAGCGUCAUUUACCCACUUAGUGAUGACCCACAGCUCACAAAUGCCAGGAUUAAUGUGCAAUUUCUAUUUUUGACCUUUUGCUUUUUAUUUUUGCCUCUUUUUAUAAAUCCCGAGCAUGCAGCAAAGUGGAUGGAAGACUGGACCUUUUAUCUUGACGGGCCUCUCUACCCGCUAAUCCCUCGCUUUAAAUUGUGCCAUAAAUGUCCCGUGACAUGUGCCAAAUGAGCCCCAAGUUUGAAAUACAUGUGCUUGUAUUUUAAAAUAAAUGUUUCAAUAUGAUCGAAAGAAUUUAGCCAAUGGUUCCAUGUUAUGUGAUAUCACCAUUUGGGGGAGAAUCGCGUUUUUGCCAAGCAGCUAAAAUGGGAGUCAACAACAUUCAACACUCAAAGGCAUUUCGACCUAGUUUACAAAGAAACGUACAGCGAUUCCUCGCUACUUCACGCUUCAAACUUUUGCGCUUGGAUUUUUUUCCAAUGAAAAAAUAAAUAUAUAAAUAAAUUAGUGCUGCAACGAUUAAUCGAUUAACUCGAGUAUUCGAUUAGGAAAAAAAUAUUCGAAUUCAAUUUUGUUGCCUAUAGUAUUCUUUAAUCAAAGUGGCCUUGUAAUGGUUUAUUUUGAAAGUGUUUACAUUUAGUUUAUUGAUUAGGGUGGAUACAUUGCCCUCUGGUCUGCCUCAUUUCACAAUGCUGGAUCCAACUGCUCCAAGUUAAGACCAACGUAAGCUAAGUUUUUGUUUGGGCUAAUAUUUUUUAAUGUAUUCGUAAUUUAGUUUAUAUGUAUAUUUAGCCGUUUUUUAAUUUUUUUUUGUGGGAAUAUGAGUUUUUUAGGAGCAUUGGGGAAAAAAGUUAGCAUUUUAUAGCAUUUAAGCUAGCGGACUUUUGUUGUGUAAGUUAGCCAAUUGUUCUUUUGUUGUACACAGGUCCUCAUUUAUUUAUGUUUAAUACCAUUUGAGGCUCAGCGCAGGUAUUAUAAUUUUUCAUGUUCCUUAUCCGAUUACUCGAUUAUUCGAACUAACUAGUUCAUCGAUUAAUCGACUACUAAAAUAAUCGAUAGCUGCAGCCCUAAAAUAAAUACAGAUGAGCUGUCCCGAGCCAAUCACAUAGUCUCACUCUCCCUCCUGCUGCUCUUUGUUGGUCAUGCAGUGCACUGGAGUUGCUUAUUAAAGUUCACGAUGUUUAAUGUUUGAUCUUGCCACAGAUGCUUGGAAGCUGAAGCUUCAAAGCGUCGCAUGCGUCAAUCAUCUUAACUUGUUAAACAGUUGCUGUGACAACUCAUUGUGUGUAAGUGAGAGUAGCUUGAGCGAAUUUGGGUAGACUUACUCAGUGAAGCAUUUGAUAAAGACAAGCUUUUUCUACUUUAUUCUUGUUUAAAAAUAAUUCGGUGGGACAGUAACAUGUUUAAAACCUAUCGUAAUUAUUACAUUUGAAGUACUUGAAAACCAUUUAUUAAAAUACUUUGGGGAAAAAAAGUGAAUUUUUAUAGAGUCAUGGACGAAAUUAUUGGCACUCCUGGAAUUUUUCCAGACAUUAACACAAUUACAAAUGUUUUCAGUAUAAAUGUGUUUAAUUUUUGGAUUUGGAUUGGAAAAACACAAAAACACUGAAGAGAAAAGCAUAAUUUACAUAAUUUUACACAGAAUGCAAAAAAGGGACUGAAAAAAAUUGUUGGCACCCUCAACUCAAUAUUUAGAAGAAAUAACAGAAAGCUAUCACUUUCUAUCCAUCAACAAGUUUCAUGCACCUCUCAGAUGGAAUUUCGGACCACUCUUCUUUAGCAAACUGUUCCAGGUCUCUCAGAUUUGAAGGGUACCUUCUUGCAACAGCCAGUUUGAGAUCUUUCCAUCAUAGGUGUUUAAAGGGAUUAGGAUACGGACACAUCUAUGGCCACCUCAGAAUUCUCCAUCGCUUUCUCUCCAACCAUUUCUUGGUGCUAUUUGAGGUAUGUUUUGGGUCAUUGACCUGUUGGAUCACCCAUGACCGCUGACACAGACCCAGUUUUCUGACACUACAUCCUACAUUGCGGCCAAAAACAUUUUGAUAGUCUCCAGAUUUCAUGACUCCUUGCACACUGUCAAGGCAAGCAGCUCUCAGCUGUUGCUUUCCAGCUGCCAACACCUUAUAUCUACCCAGCAGGGGAUGCUACAUCUCUCAACAUCACUCAAAUUGGGGGAGUGAGCUCUCAGCGGGCUCACUGCAUCAAUGUGGAGACAGAAAGGCCUCAUUUGUUUUUAGCUAAAGUACAUUUUCUAUCAAUAUGUAUUUUUACACCAACACACACACAGUCUGAUGAAUGAAUGGCGAAAUGUACACCAGUUUCACCAAGUGACAUGAAAUUCAAUCCAUUUGGACUGGGAGGGUUGCUAGCUAUCAGACACAAUUUUUUUCUAGCAAAUGAAUACAGACAUGAACCAGAGAAAGAAAGUUCUUACUUUUAAUUUUGCUAUGUGUACGAUGUGGAAGAUAUCGUAAAAUCAAAUAAAUGUUUAUAUAUAUAAAUACAUCUAUAAUAAAACAAGCCUCUUCUGAAGAGGGUACACAAGAAAGCCCGCAAAGUUUGCUAAAGACAUGUCAACAAAACACAUGGAUUACUGGAACCAUGUCCUAUGGUUGGAUGAGACGGGCGGGCUUUCUUGUGUACCGUCUUCAGAUGAGGCUUCCUCCUUGGGUGACAGCCAUGCACUCCAAUUUGAUGUAUAGUGUGGCGUAUGGUCUGAGCACUAACAGGCCCGACCCCCUACCUCUUUAAUCUCUGCAGCAAUGCUGACAGCACUCCUGUAACAAGUCACAUGACAUUUUAGAGGGAAAAUGACAAGCAGUACUCAAUUUGGACAUUUAGGGAUGUUCGUAGUUUCUAAGGGGUGUACUCACUUUUGUUGCCAGGGGUUUAGAUAUUAUUGGCUAUAUUUUGAAUUAAGGUAUUUUGAGGGGAAAGUAAAUUAACUCUAUUAUGUAAGCUGCACACAGACUACUUUUCAUUGUGUCAAAGUGUCAUUUUGUCAGUGUUGUCCCAUGAAAAGAUGUACUUAAAUAUCUGCAGAAAUGUGAGGGGUGUACUCACUUUUGUGAUACACUGUAAUUUGCUGGAUGAUACUUAAGGACAUCUGUGUGUACGACAGGAUAAAAAAAAGUCUUUAAUAGCAUUAUUAUGUGAAUUAGAAUCUUAUUUUGAGACGCUUCAACUAUAUACAACAAUUUGGCAAAGCGCAGAUGACGACAAAUUAGUCUUUCGAUCCGCAAUUUAGCCACGCCUACCAUUAUAGGGCUUUAGCGUCCCCAACAGGAGGAUGACGUUGGCAGGGUCAUGGUUUCAUUUGAUUUAGAAUUCAGUGCAUUGAUGGGGAAUUUUUCAGAACGAGGAAAAUGCAACGAAGAGAGCCGCAAAAUGUCAUUGUUUCAGUCUCUCCAUUCCAAUAUUUUUACAUGAUAUUCUUUUUAGUAGUAUUUUUCCCCAAUUGCCAAAUAGAUGGUAUGGUCAUGA